ACCACAGACACCCCCCCCUUUCCCCACCAACGGUUCAUCGCCGGCAAAAGGUGGGGGUAGAGAGGCGGGGCUUUCCCCUUCCCACGUGACGCGGCGGCCAAUAAGAGGGCGCCGAGGCUUCCGGCGGUUGGUCUGCAAGAAAACUACCAUCAAGACUGAUAUUCAGAAACAUAGUCAUAUAUAAUUGGAGGGGUUUUGAAUGCAGUCCAAGUCCAAGAAGUAUGAAGAAGAGAUGCCUUCUCUAUACUGGGGACUGGAUCCUGUAUUUUCUGCAUUUGCAAGACUCUAUAUUAAAGAUAUAAAAGAAAUGAGAGAAUCUAAACAAGUGCCAGGUAUAUUCUUUUAUAACGGCCAUCCAGUAAGACAGGUGGAUGUUGUUGGGAUAGUGGUUCAAAUGAAAGAGCGAGAUGCCUUCUAUAAUUAUGGAGUGGAUGAUAGCACUGGAGUUAUAAAUUGUGUCUGCUGGAAAAAUCCAAUGGUAGCAGAAACAUCUUUAUCAGGUCGUCCAAGCACACCCAGCAGCCUCACUGUGCUUGAGCAGAUGAAGAAACUCCAAGAAAUGGUGAGCCAGAAAACCAAGCUGGAGAUCGGGGACGUUGUCAGGGUCAGAGGUCACAUCCGAACCUACAGGCAACAAAGAGAAAUUCAGGCUUCAUGUUUCUAUAAAGUGGAUGAUCCAGUGUGUGAUGUUCAAAUUUCAAGAAUGCUGGAGCUCCCCUGUCUCUAUAGAGAAGUUUAUGAUAAACCUUUCCAAGGCCCCGAGGAGGGACAGAGUGCCCUGGAGGGUGAGAAUUUCUCAAUCAAUGUGCUGCAUGAGAAAGUGAAAAGCUUUCUCUUAGAAAACAAAAUCCAGACCUUUUACCAACAGGAGCUGGAAGCAAUUGAUACUCUGGUGUCAGUGGCUGGUGUGCACCUACCCACCCCCAGCGCUCAGGAGGUUAAGUCAAAAAAUGACUCCAGUUCCAAAAGGAUUCACAGUGUUUUUAAGGAAGCAAUAAGGAUGCUACAAGAAAAAGGGGUGGUUUUCCAGAAGCCUAGUAGCUCCAAGGACUUAUACCAUGUGACCGACCAUGAUAAAGAGCUGCUUAAAGUGACCCUUGAUGCCAUUAAAGAAGAUUGUCGAAAACCCAGGCAUGCUGAAAAAGGUUGCCAUUUCCUUCAUGUCUUGAGCUGUGUUCGGCAAAGCUACAUCCCCUCUCUGGCUGAAGUGGUGAUGCACCGUGUCUUGGAACUGCUGGAGAGUAACAGUGAUGUUGUCAGCACUAUGGAAGGAUAUUAUGUGGCAUUUUAAAAAGAGACAAUUGUUCUGGUCCAUUCAGGAUAAAGGAUGGAAGAAGGAGAGGUUGAGUGACCCUGAAAAGCUGCUAUUACCUGGUAUGAUCUAGAUGGGGGGAAAAAGAGAGCGUUCUGAUUCUCCAAAUGCUGUUUUGUCCAGCUCCAGAGAAGAUGUCCAAACACUUGUUUUAAUAUUCUUGCUGACUUCCUUGCGAUUCCUCAUGAAAGUUGUAUCAAACUGAUUCUGGACAUCCUAAUACAGCGGGGAGCUGGAAAAGAGGCUGGGCUUUUUCCCUGCAGUAAGAUGUGACGUGACCGUCCUCACAUCUACAUCCAGUGAGCCCUAAAGAAAAGUCACUGCUAAAGGAUGUUGCUUACAGCAGUGGUCACAUCAGGACUUGUUUUUCUGGCUUAAAGACUGGUCUUGUGGUCUUUCCAUAUGGUGAUAGCUGUGGAUCUUUCUUUUUAUGUAUACUUUAUAACAGGUAGAGAAAGGACAUGCAAGCAAACAAUCAAAAGAUUUGCCUGUCCUUCCUGGCAGUGUUGGUGUACCCAUGUCUGUACGUAUGUAUUCCUGAAUGUGCACAGCUUCCUUGCUUGUGGUCCUCACCUUUCUCUGAAAAUAAUAUUCAGGAAUGGGGUCCUGCAUCCCUUUCCCAUCCUGCAGCCUUGCCUGCUGCUUGUCAAGCAUCUCUGGCUUCCCCUGGCUGCCGUGUGUGCUGCUGUGUUCUGUUAUGGAUUCUAUUCAGACCAGGAUUCUCAAAAUCAAUCACCGUUUUGCUGUUGAUUUUUAAAUUGCUUUCUACAUCACAAAUGGUAAACCGUAAAUUAGGUGCAUUGGAAAAGAAAAUACAAAAGCCGACGACCCACUCUAAUCUUUUGUACUCCCUGUUGCCUUUUGUGUCUUCUAUUCCUUGUCACCUUUGGGGAAAAAUACUCUCCAUAUCUGUGCUUGCAGAGGAAAACGAGACAUUGAUGAAAUAACACUGGCCUAAAGAAGGUAACCGUGCAAGACGUUUGAUCUGGAAUAAUCAGAACUCUUUAUGUGCCCCAGUUCAAAGCCCGGAGCUGUUCAGUAUUUAUCCUUAGAGAGGUCUUGCUGCUGCAGGGGCUUGUCUGUUUAAUUAAUCUCUUUAAUUAAUGAUGUGAAGGUGAGACAUUUAACUUGAAAAGAGCAGAAAGAACUGAAUGUAUCCUUCCUCUUUCCUCUGCACCUUCUCUGUAGCAGUUGAAACAGCAGACUCCCAGGAGGCAGAGGUAGUGGUAAAGCCCUAUAAGGAUUGACAUAGCGGGGAAAAAUAAACCAUAUGCAUGAGGAAAGCCAGCGAGUGGCCCCGUGUGUGCCAGGUCUCUGGUUUGUUGCUAUAUUCUAUGCCUCAUUCCAAGCCCUGGCUGCAGUGAGAUAUAGGCUAAGAGAAAAGCAUGACAAAAUAUUUGGCGUUUGCAUUCAGGGGUCUGUGGAACACUCUGGCCUUAAAGAGAUGGUGUGUUUGUUCAUAGUGGAAAACUGUGUAUGAAUCAUUCUUUUGCUGUAAAUUCCCUACUUGCUGUAGGGCUCGAUAGCUGGUUUCCCUGCAGGCUGCCCGACUCCUGGCAUUGCUGCUCUGUUUUGAGUUCGAUACCUUCUAGUCAGAUCUUAAUAUGGGCCUGAACAUGUGCUGAAAGGAUGUACCUGUGCAGAAGGAAAUAAAAAAAGAGGAUUAAGAAAGAA